UCUUCUUGUUCUUGCAAGCAAAAUCAAAAGCAAAAGCAAUAACAUCAUCUCAGGUAUUAAAAGGGUCUUUAUACAUGAUAUAACUCUUCCUCUUGUUCCUUCCCUACCCCAUUAUUUAUAAGACUUGGGUCCUUUGAAGCUAAAAUCUUAAUUUGUCUGGAAACUCUCAGAAAGUGUCAAAAGUUGCAUUUGGAAACUUCAUUUCUUCUUCGCAGUGUCAAAAGUUGCAUUUGGAAACUACAAAAUGAAGAUAAGAAUGAAGAAAUUUCUUUCCUGCAACAAAGUGCUCCGAUCCGAUGUUUCGACCCCUUAUACCGAAGUGGAUGUCCGUGAAGAGUAUGCGAAUGCUUUCCGCACCGAAUCAUACAAUGAGUUUUGGACACGUGUCUUAGCAUUGACUACUACAGAAUCCAUCAAUUGUAAAACCAUGGGGUCGACUACAGCAGAUCGUCUCCCAUCAUAUCGAGUAUUUGCGGAGCAUCUCUUGGAUCCGGAUCAAUCCACGGUCACUCGAGUUCUUGCUUCGGCCAAAAACCACCCGAAAGACCAUUCCCUCUUAUCCGACUAUUUCGUAGAAACUGCCGAUGCUUCCGUCUUAUGUGGUCUUCUUUUAAAGGAUAUCGACCACAUACGGGUCAAGUAUCGUUCCCUUAAAACCACACCCGAAAACCACUUGCCCAUCAUAUUGACCCGAUUAACUGAAUUCUCCAAUUUCUUUAACCCAUUUGUCUCAACGGCUUCAUCUCAACAUCGAUUUCGAGCCGUACAAGCUACUUGCACGAACUUACUUAAACGACUCGAGUCAAGUCGUGAUAAGGUCCAAGCCAAACUGCAGCUGAUUAAUAAGCUAAAGCGCAGCUCAGCCAUUUUUCUUGUGGUUUUCACAGUUUCUUUGACGACAAUUAUUGCAACUCAUGCUUUAGCUUUGUUGGUGGCUGCACCGGGUCUUAUAGCAGCUACGCUUGAGUUAGCUUCAACCAGGAAGGCAGUUAGGUUGUCAGUCCAGCUCGAUGAAGCCGCUAAAGGGACUUAUAUACUGAACAGGGACUUAGAUACAAUAAGUCGGCUGAUGGCUCGAGUAAAUGAUGAGUUGGAGCAUAUGCGAACCAUGGUCAAGUUUUGGCUAGAGCGGGGACAAGAUCGGCUCCAAGCCAGUGGAGAAGUGGCGCGCCAGCUGAAAAAGAAUAACUCUAGCUUUAGACAACAACUUGAUGAGUUAGAGGAACACUUGUACUUGUGUUUCAUGACCAUCAACAGAGCCAGAAACAUUGUGAUAAAAGAAAUUAUGGAUCCAGGAAAACCCAUCGGGUCACCCAAUUUGUAAUCAAUGUAAAAAUGACAUUUUCUAGUAACUAGAUGUUUUCAUUAACUUCAAAUUCCAAGAACUAUUGGGUGGAAUCUUAUAAAUUUGUAAUCUCUCUUAUCCUUAAAAUUGGUUUGGAGAUGAGCAUCACAAGCUGAUAAAAACAAGUGUGAUGUGAAAGGAAAAUUCUAUAAACUUAGUUAUAU